AUGUCUCCAAAGCCGAAAACCUAUCUCCGCCGACUGGGUUACAUUGAGUUGUAUCAGUCCGGCAUGCAUAACCUCGAUCACUACUGCAGCACCAUCACCUCAUGCCGAUACAGACUACCGCUCGCAUUAGCGAACUUCCGAAAUCACGAACAACUUGUCACAAGAUUCGACCAAGCAGUAGCCCAGACAGUCGCUCAAUUCCCUCUCCUCCAAGUCGGUCUCGUGGGCGAAGGUUCAAAAAAGCCAGUCUGGGUUGAGCUUGAUACCGUAGACUUGUCAGAUCAUAUAAUCUGGGAGGUGAGACCCGACUCAGUGGGUUAUGAGCAGGCAUUCGAGGCAAAUCUACAGUAUCAGCUUGAUGCCAAGUGUGAACACCUCGAGACGAGACCGGGAUGGAGACUGCUCUUGAUGCGCACACAAGCAGAAAGCUUUGUGGACGUCAUGUUUGUAUGGAAUCAUGCGAAUAUCGACGGCAUGGGUGCAAAGAUCUUCCUUCGCACUUUGCUCAACAAUCUUUCCCAGCCAUCUCCGGUUUCGCCUCUCAUCCAAGGCUCAAGGGUCAUGACGACUGCGAUUUCCAGAGACAACUUUCCCCAACCGCAGGAGAAGCUUGUCAAGCACAAGGUGACCAUGGGGUUUGCUGCUUCUGAGAUCUGGCAUAGCUUUGGUCCGUCUGCUUUUGCUUCCUCGACUGCAAAGGCACGAUGGGCACCUAUCCAACCAGCACCUUACAUCACGCGCAACAAAUGCAUUGACAUCGACACCAUCACACUAAAGACUCUCCUUCGUCUCUGUCGGCAGAACGAAACAACCCUCACCGGUCUUGUUCAUGGCAUUGUACUAGCAUGUCUAUCAGUUGACCUGUCAGAAGGCAAAGCCAACGCCUUCAACGUCGCAACAUCAAUGGAUCAGCGUCGUUUCGUGACAAAGGAAGACCGUAGGGAAAAAUGGGCUCAUCUCGACCCAUCAACCAGUGUACAGAACUGUGUGGCUUCUGUAUAUCACAGUUUCGGUAGAGAGAUUGUCAGCGACAUUCGCGCUGAGGCACGCGUUAGCAAUUGGCCUGCGCAACCAAUUACUAGCCUUGAGCCACACAUCUGGCGCGCAGCCGGGAUGAUCCGAGACGAUAUCGAGGAGCGCGUUAGCCAAGGUCUGACAAAUACCGUUGUCGGUCUGAUGAAGCUUGUUACAGAUUGGCAAGACUAUCACAAGACCACAAUCAAGAAACCACGUGAGCUGUCAUGGGAGGUGUCCAAUCUUGGUGUUGUUGACAACAAGCCUGGUAACGGGUCAGAAGAUGGUUGGGCGGUUGAGAAGGCCAGGUUUAGUCUCUGUGCAGACGUUGCGGGGCCAGCAAUGCAGAUCAACAUGGUGUCGGUCAAGGAUGGGGACUUGACAAUUGAGAUUUCGUGGCAGGACUUGGAAGACCUGAAUCCUGUGGGAGAGAGACUGGCGGAUGAAGUGAGAGCCUGGUUGAUGCAUCUGGGUGCUUGA